GCACAUGUUUUGAUUGCAUUGUUUUCAAUUCGGAACUCCUGAAAUUCUGAUAUCCCCUGCCGAUCUCCUCCAGAACCGCGAGCAUGGGCGGCCACCACAAGAAGAACCUGCGGGCGGAGAAGGCCAAGGUGAAGCUGAAGGGCGCCAAGCUGCCCAAGGGGCUGAACGUGACCAAGACGGACUUCAAGGUGCGCAAGAUCGAGAUCCGGGAGCAGCUGAAGGAGUCCUCCUACACGGAGACGGGCCAGCGGCAGCUGAAUCUCAAGGAGACGCUCUCGCGGCUGAAGCACCACAGCGUCAAGUUUCGCACGGAUGCGCUGCGCAGUGUGCGGGACUCUUUAAAGUCGGGCAAUGCGGAUCACUUGAUUGGCCAUCUGAACGAGCUGUUCCAAGGGAUUGCAGCCGGUUCCCUGGACAUGGAGCGUUCGGCGCGACAGGAGUCGUUUAAGACACUCGAUGUCCUGCUGGAGGCCCUGCAGCCGCAGGCGGUGGCGCCCUUCUUCCACGUUAUCGCCACCUAUUUGCGUUGUGCGAUGACCCACGUGCUGCCCGCCAUCCAGGAGGACUCCCUCCUCCUGCUCGACGUCCUGCUGCAGCGUGUUCCCCCCGCCCUCCUAGCGGAGCGCAGUGCCAGCGUAAUUAUUGGCAACUUUAUCGACAUGAUCUCCCGCGCCCGCCACGACAACGAGCGCUCCAAUCGCACGCUCACCUUAAAUCUGGGCCAGGGCAAGCAAACCACGGUCAAGUGGCGCACCAAGGUGCUCCUCCGCCUGCAGCAGAUCCUCGGCACGCUGGUCAGCUCCAAGCAGGGCAGGAUAACCACUUCCCGGGUGGUUCACUUCGAUCCGAUGCAUCCGCAGUACUACAAUGUGCUGUGUCCCGUGCUUCGGGACCACCGCGAUCUGCACGCCAUCCUCAACGAGCCCAAGCUGAGCGCCGAGGGCAGCCAGCUGCAGACGUACGUGGAGCAGCUGCUUCCCCUGCUGCAGGACAACUGGCUGGAGGUGCGGCCGCAGCCGCAGCAGCCGCUGCUCACCCAGGAUGCGGCGGCCAGUCUGCAUGUGGUCGUCAGCCUGAUGAGCCUCCUCUGGAACCUCAUUGCCCAGCACGAAGAGGAGCAUAACACCAGGGAGCUAAGCGACUGGCUGCGGAAGCACUACGCUCACAAGUUUGUGCUGAACUUUCUGGCCAAGGACGGCAGUCGUUUUCCCUAUCAACAGAUUCCGCAGACGGCCAAGAAAUCCCCCAAAGACAAGGGACAUCCUGUAGAUGGCGGCGAGCUCUGUUUGCCCCAGAAUCUAAGCAUUGUUGCGCUGACCUGCAAGUUCUUUCCCAGCGCCAACGAGAAGCAGGCCCAAUUGUUUGGCCAUUUGGUGGGCUACAUGCAGCUGAGUUUGGAGCGAUUGAACUCCAUGACGCCGGAGCAGCAGCUUUCCAUGGUGGCUUCCCUGCGCCCGCUGCUCCUCGAAAAUGCCACUUCGCUGCUGAAUAUCGUGGCUCAGCCGUUGACCAGCCUGCUAAGCGCCACCAUUGAGGCUUAUGUGGGCCAGCGGUUCACCACUCGCGAGGGCGUGGCCACGCGGGUGCUCAAUCUCCUCUGCGAGAUGGUGGAGCGUUCGGAUUUGUACGGCCGCUUUGGCGGCGAGCAGAGAUUCGCCUCGUUUUUGAGCUACCUGCCGCAGUUGCUUUUAAAACCCACUGUGGGCGAGGCCACCUUGCGCGCCAUGGCCACGCUGUGCCGCCAACUGAAUAGAGUCUUUAUGUCCGCCCUUUUGCAGGCUGCUCCCGAGGUGAUCAACCACUUGUCCAAGUUGCAGGUCACGGGCGACUCGGAAGGCGAAGAAAAGUUCGAGAACCAGAAGCGCGUGCUCAAUUUGUUCUACUACGCCAGGCAGUUGGAUGAAGAGGGAAAGCUGGAGCAACUGGAAAAGCAGCUGGACAGCGAUCACAUUGCUGCCUACCUAAAGGCAGUAAUCAGCUACAACUAACACACUUUGCAUAGCUUCUACAAAUAGUUUAAUGUAUACAUUAUAUUCCUCUGGCUUAAGACGAACAAC